AUGGACUCACUGCAUUCAAGUCUGUAUCACCCGACGCAACGUGCCUGGAGUGAGCCACAUCUCCAUCCUUCUCAGCUCAUGUAUCCCCUUUUUGUGACAUCACGUACAAAUGAUAAACCAAUCGGUGGUCUAGAACCAGAAUUCCAAUGGGGUCAAGGCAUUGAUGGCACUUUUGCGUCUCUCGUCGUACAUCUUCGUGUACUUUUGACCAAGGGAUUAACAAGUGUCAUGCUCUUUGGUGUCAUCGAGAACAAGGACGAUAGUGGCUCCAUGGCUGAUGAUGAAGCUACGCCUGUUAUCAAGUGUACUACAGUUUUGCGUAAGGCGCUACCGGAGCUCCUCGUGGCCUGCGACGUGUGUAUGUGUGAAUACACGGACCAUGGACACUGUGGCAUCCUGCGUGAUGUCGAUGGAGAACAGGUACUGGACAAUGCACGGACACUCGAGCGUCUUACAACAAUUGCACUUGCAUACGCCAAAGCUGGUGCUCAUAUGGUGUGUCCAUCCGACAUGAUGGACAACCGUAUUGGUGCCAUCCGUCAAAUUUACAAUGAGAACGGCUUUGAACAUGUCUCUAUUAUGGCGUACACAUCGAAGAAAGCCUCGGUCAUGUAUGCGCCAUUCCGUGACGCUGUCGAGUCGACGUUCCAGGGGGAUCGUAAACGCUACCAGCAUCCAGUGGGCAGCACAAGUCACGCUGCAUUGGCGUUUGAACGUGAUGUGAAACAAGGUGCAGACAGUGUAAUUGUCAAGCCGUCACUCUUUUAUUCAGACAUUGUAGCCAGCUUUGCUGCCAAGAAGACGGUGCCUGUGGUCUGCUACCUUGUCUCAGGUGAGUACAAGAUGCUCAAAAACUACGGUGACUCGACUGAUUCGCUCGAGAGCGUCGUGCGUGAAGCUCAUCUUUGUCUGCUACGUGCUGGUGCAAGUGUGCUGAUCACGUACUUUACCCCAUACAUUCUCGAUCACUGCGCCACUUGGUAA